CGUCCCGGCGUGAAGCCCCCCCUGCGCUCGCCCUGAUGCCUGCACAGAGCCGGGGGCUGGAGGGGCUGCGGUGGGCACGGGGUGCCCCUGGUUUCGGCAGGACAGCCCCGGCUGCAGGGAGGCUCUGACGAAGCCCUGCGAAGGGUUUCCAGGGCCCCACCAAGUUGAGCCACACCAAGCUGCACCUUCGAGGGGGAUGAAGCCACUCGCCAUGACUCCGGUGACACAGGCGCUGCCCCUUGCCUGCCUGAUGCUGUUCCAGCUCUGCCGUGUCCCAGGUGUGGGUGCCCAGGUGGGUCCAGGCUUUGAGCUGCGACAGCCCCAGAAGGAGAUGUCGGUGAUUGCAGGGGAGACGCUGACCCUGACCUGCACCGUGACUGCAGGGGGUCCGCUCGGUCCCGUGAAGUGGCUGAAGGGCUGGGACAGUGGCAGUGAGAUCAUUUAUGACCAAAAAAGCUCCUCAUCCCGCGUGACAAGGACACCGGAUGUGUCCAACACAGACUUCACCAUCCUCAUCAGGGACGUUCGCCCCGAGGACGCCGGCACCUAUUACUGUGUGAAGCUUCGCAAAACAGCCACCAGUGAAGAGUUGCAUCGGCGUGGCGAGGGCACGGUGGUGUCGGUGCAGGCCAGACCCUCCACGCCGACUCUGUCCAGGCCCAGCCGCCGAGUGGAGCCGGGGAAGACGGCGUCCUUCACCUGCAAGACUGGGGGGUUCUUCCCCAGGGACAUCAGUGUGAGGUGGAGCAAGAACGGGGCCCCAGCUGAGGCUGAGCUGACCAAUGUCACCCCUGGGCCAUCGAACUUCACCUACAACAUGUCCAGCACCGUGACGGUGACGCUGCAGAAGGGCGACGUCCGCUCAGAGCUCAGCUGCGAGGUGCAGCACGCCACACUGACGGCCCCGCUGAACAGGAGUUACCAUCUGAGCCAGAUCCUGCGAGUUCCUCCCAGUGUGGUCAUGGCUGAGCCUCAGGGCCCCGUGGGGCUGAACAAGACGGUGAGCUUCACCUGCGACGUGCAGGGAUUCUACCCGGGAAACGUGACCGUCACCUGGCUGGAGAAUGGGACGGAGAUGAACACGGGGAGCUCCCCCCAGCCAACGGAGACCCCUGAGGGCUUGUUCGAGCUGAGGAGCACGGUGGUGGUGCAAGCCGUGCAGGAGAAGAACGGCUCCGUGUUCACCUGCCGGGUGGUGCACGAGGGCCAGGACCCCAUCAGCAGGAAUGCCGUGCUGUGGGUCGCUGCCUCAGGCCAGCAGGGAUCCAGCUCCCCCUGCGCUCACUCCCGUGCUCCUGCAGGUGCCCAUUUUCUGUCCAGCCCCGGCCUGUGGCUCGGCUUGCUGCUUGAGAAGGCGAUCCUCAGCCUCGUCCUCUUCUUCCUCUUCAAGCGCUGGCAGGCCUGACGAGGGGCCAGCACGGCACAGCCAGGCCGCCGAGAUGGGAGCGACGCAGGACAGCGUUGUCAGAGCUCUGUCACCUCUGAGCCGAGCGCGCCAAACUCGGACCAGUGGCACCGGGCGAGCAGACCCACUGCUUCUGUCGAGGGCCCCGCACCCACUGCCCCUGCUGCCUCCCCCCGCUGCCUCCUCGACCCCCGGCGAGGCCGUGUCCCUUGGCAGCUCCCUGGGCUGAUGGUCCUGGUCCCCCCUGGCUGUCCCCGUCCUGCCCUGGCUGUCCCC